UUUUAUACUUAGGAAAAUGUUGGCCCCUAAGAGGAAAAACGAUACGACCUUUCAUUAAUGUCCGGAAAUCGUAUAAAUUGCGUUGUUUGAGGUUUUGCUGAGUGUAGAAAUAAAAGCAUCGUUGGAUCUGGUGAGCUCUCUGAUAGAUAGAUAGUAGUUAAGGCAGGAGCUAAUAAGGAGAGCAUAGGCUAGUGUAUACUUAGGAGAGACCAUAGAUCUGGUCUGAACCCAACAAUUACCGAGUAGUUCCCUUGAAUAAGAACAUAGUUUACUUCUGCUUUAUUCAUUGUUCAACGAUCAGGCCAUUUGAAGCUGCAUUCCUCUUUUUUGUUUCUAUAUUUUUUCCCCUCUUUUUCUUUUUUGUGCUAUCACAGGGUAUUUGUUUCCCUUUUUAUUACAAGCCAUGGAUACAGAGCAGGGGAAGGUUUUCAUUGGAGGCAUUUCAUGGGAGACCAACGAAGAAACCCUGAAAGACUACUUCAAGGCAUACGGGGAAGUGGCAGAAACUGUUAUAAUGAGAGACAGAAUGACUGGACGAGCUAGAGGAUUUGGGUUUAUUGGAUUUGCGGAUCCAAAUGUUGUAGAGCGAGUAUUGCAGGAUAAGCAUACCAUAGAUGGCAGACAGGUUGAAUUGAAAAGGGCAGUGCCGAGGGAAGAACAACAGAGGAAUGCGCAAAUGAAGAAUAGUGGAAGCAAUAUGGGAGUAGGAGGGCCUAGGACCAAGAAAAUUUUUGUUGGGGGAUUAGCUCCCACUGUCACAGAGGAUGAUUUCAGGAAGUAUUUUGAGCAGUUUGGGAACAUUACAGAUGUUGUUGUGAUGUAUGAUCACGUUUCACAGAGGCCUAGAGGGUUUGGUUUUAUUACUUUUGAUACAGAAGAUGCAGUCGACAAGGUGGUUACGAAGAACUUCCAUCAGCUUCACGACAAGAUGGUCGAAGUAAAGAGGGCAUUGCCCAAGGAAAUGUCUCCUGGUGGAGCGAGGGCUAGAUCCAGUCCUGGUAGUGGUUUUGGAGGGGCGCCUACUAGCAGGUACGGGGCACCUGCACCUCCCCCAGCUGGCAGAGGUGGGUAUGCUCCGUAUGGCGGGGCUGUUCCAGGGUAUUUCCCUGGAGGUUAUGGUGCCCCUGGUGUCAAUGGAGGAGGGUAUGGAGCUGCUGCAGGGGCGGCUCCUCCACCACCUGCAUAUGGUGGUGCUCCUGCAGGUUAUGCAGGAGGUGCUUAUGCGACUGGCUAUGGGAAUCCUGCUUAUGGUGCUGGAGCUCCUGCUCCUUAUGCAAGUGCUCCGAUGGCUGGUGGCUACGCAGCAGCAGCCCCAGGGGGAGCAAGUGCUCCUUGGGGCUCAGCAAUGCAGACAAGUCAGGGUGCUGGUGCUGGGUAUGGUUAUGGAAGCGGUCCUGAUGCUGCUGCAUAUGGUGGGGGAUAUGGUAGUGCUACUGGUACUGGCGCUUAUGUGCCUCCUAGUGCUGGUGGUGUCAGUGCUGGAUAUCAAGGAGGCACUGGUGAUGUUUAUGGUGGUCAAGGAUAUGGGGAUCAAUACAAUGCUCCCCCUUCUGGUGCGGUUCCUACUGGUGGCUAUGCCAUGGGUGGUCCAGUUCAAGCUGAUUCUGGUGUCAAUGGUUCUCCUGGAUAUGGUGCAGCAGGUAGACAAACACAGAGAGUUGCAGAUGCAAGGUUUAGGCCCUACCCAGCAUCUGGUGAUCGGGCAAGCUAAUUGCAAUUCGGACCUUGUUGAACCAUUGGAAUGUGCUGUCGAUGGAUUGACGGUAAGUGGGUCAAAGGCUUGGGUGGGGUUCAUUGGACUGCCACUGAAUCUGGUUAUGAAAUUAUGGUGGCUUGGUAAGCUAUUUAAAAAGAGGCUGUUUAUUUAUUUUUCUUGCGCAAGGAGGAUCUAAGUCAAUUAUAUACGCAUGGAUCUAUCAUGUUUUCUUGAAUUGGUGACCACUUUUCUGAAUGUUGAAGUUUUGCUGCCGCAUUUACCAUGUGUUUAAUAGAUUGUUAACUUUUUUGAGUCAAACCUAUUAUAAAUAUGACUCGUAGAUUUCUCAAGUGACCUUGUGGUAGUAUAUUAGUUUGGGCCUCGAUGUAUUUAGUCAUUGCAUUUUAGAUGAGGGUUAAAUAUAAAUUACAUGUCCUGCGACAAGUUUAAAGCAAAGAUUGUAAGAUUGUAUUUGCUGGAGAACCCAUUAGCCAUUGCAAUGUCUAACCUUCUGUUUUUCAAUGAAAUGUUUAACCUUUUGUUAAGUUCAUUUAUGAUUCAAAGUGUGUUGUUAUGUGAUGUUCUACAAGUGAAUGGAAUGGUUCAUUUUGCAUUCAUUUCCUGCUACAAGUCAAAAGCAAAGAUUGAAAGAUUGUUUUUGUUGGAGAACCCAUUAGCCAUUGCAAUGUCUAACCUUUUGUUUUUUAAUGAAAUGUUUAACCUUUUGUUAAGUUCAUUUAUGAUUCAAGUCAUUUUGCAUCAUUUCUUAUAGGUGAUGCUCAUAAGAGUAAAAUAUGAGAAUGUAAAUCAAGAAUCACUUGAAACUACUUACAUGUUCAUCUGACAAUGAUGAAAACACUUGUCCGAUAAUUAUGUAGGUUAAAUGGGUUUAAUAGAUCAUAGAAAUUAUCCUGC